AUGGCAGACACGGAUGAAGACUAUUACCUACCGCUCCAAGACCAGCGCGUCUUCGGCGCCGGCAUUAGACGCAAAAAGAUCAACUUCGUCCCCGCAUCAACUUCAGAUUCACAAUUAUUACCUACAUCGAAACCGUCAACCUCCUCGACAAGCGCCGCGUCCCGAUACUUAGCCAUUGUUCUCCCGCAGGAUGAUGGUGACGCUCGUGAAAAUCCAGAAGAAGAAGACUCAAGCGCAGCAGGCCACCAGGCUCCUCAAGGCAUAAUAUGCGCCGUCUGCAAUCAACCCAUUUCGUCCACCGACGACGACGACGCACUAUCGAAUGCAAACCAUGAGACCUCGAUCGCGCACCAAGUAUGCCUGAAACACUCUCACCCGCCGUCCGACCUUGACCGCGAUCGCGUCGGUCUCCGUUAUCUGUCGACCUAUGGCUGGGAUCCCGAUUCUCGGAGAGGGCUGGGUGCAAGAGAAGAGGGGAUCAGAGUGCCGAUUAAGACGAAGGAGAAGAACGAUACUGUGGGUCUGCGUGAGACCGCUGACGAGGACGAAAUGAGUGCGCUCAAAAGAAAGAAGAAGCACAGCCUCAAGAAAGAGGACAAGAUCGUGAAAUUGGACGCAAAACAAGUCCGGCUCAUGGACGGCGAGGCGAAGAAACGUGCCGCGAAGUUGAGACAGCUGUUCUACGGACGGGAUCUGGAGAAAUAUUUGGGUCCCAACAGUUGA